AUGUUACCAACUCCAGAAGCAAUUGCUCUGUUAGAAAGGUAUUUUUCAGAUGCCAUGGAAAAGAAGCACUUACAUAGCUUUUACACCUGUUGUGGAAAAUGCUCAGACACAUCUGAACCUGAAGCUUCGCAGAUCAACGUCCUUUGUCCACAAUACCGUGCGCAUCCGUGGCCGAGAGCAGCCCCAUCUACCCUCUCAAGGACAUGAAGGUCUUGUUCACCGAAAAUCGCGACAAGGCCGCCCGCAUCGUCAAUAGGCAGGAAGCAACCUUCAUCUCCGCCCAGAACAACACGAUCGUUCUCCGCCUGCCCGAGGGACAGAGGGUCUUUGUCUACCCGGUGACCCACAUUGACGAUGAGAGGCCGGUGACCUACUACCCAUUCACGCCGGCCUAUGCCCAAACCAUCACAAAAUCUCAAGGGCAGAACAUCAAGCAUCUCAUCGUCUGGCUGGACAGUGACCUCGUUCCUGCUGGUACAGCAUACGUUGGCUUCUCCAGGGUUCGAAAACGCGCCAACAUAUCGUUUCUGCAACCCAUCCACUCACACCAGGUCACUCCAGUCAGGGUUUAGACCAGCAUCAUCUCCAUCUUCCAUGCUCUUGUCUGCCCUUGAGAUUGCCAUAUUCUUCUCAUUUCUCUUUAUCUUCUUCUCUUAUUCAACAAUUGUCUCUACUUCUAUACUUUUCUUCUCUUGUUUGAACACUUCUCUCUACUUCUGGUACACAUCUUUCUCAUGUUCAUCUCCUCUUCUACUAAUGUUCAGUCCACGCUCGCAAUCAAAGCCUUCUAUGGCACGCACAGACAUUGUAGUUCUUUCCUGGGACAGCUCUUGUGUCGGAUAACACGAGCGGAGGUAACCAACCCUUGGGGAGUGCCGUAAGAGAGCUCUUUUUGGAACCUGUCGCUAAUGUGCAUGUCGAUUACCCUUUCUAGCGAGCCUUCCUUUUCGACUCUCGUAAAGUGCUACUUCGCCGUGGUGAGAGUCCCUAGUAGGCAGUGCCUCUGCCCUCUUACCGCCACUACUGCUGAAGCUAAAAGCACUUAACCCACUUCAACUCAUAGACACUUGUUGGACUAUAGCACAUCACUCCAUGACCACAGUCCUACCGACCAACCCGUCAAACACGUGCAAACACUGACCUCCACACUUGUUAACGAAUGCUUGUUCAUUUUCUUGCAGAUAUGGCACAGCAGUCCAACGUCAAGAAGCCCAACUACAACCGGCAUUUCCCUCGGAGCUUCAUGCUCAACUAUGGCGCCGCCCUACAGGACCUGUCGGACGAGAAGAUAUUGUCCCGACUGAAAGAUUUCAAUUGUGAGUGGCUCUCCAGGCCCAAUAUUGCCAUUUCCGAGAUGGCACAAACUAUCAAGGACAACUGGCCCCUGAUAGAAAAACAGAGUGGAACGGUAUUCACCCGCAAGUUUGUGCAGGACCUUGGAAAUGUGGUGCUCCCCCUCAUGGACACCUACGCGCGUCUGGACAACAAGGACAAUAGCACUCACGACCCGCCCACCCAUGAUGACGUCCUGGACGCCCUUGAAGUCAUUAACAUUAAUCCUGAUGUGGAACAGCUCAUGGUGACCGCCUUCAAUGCGGUGGGCCCGUGUUGAUGACGAGUCUUCAGAUGCUGGCCGUCAAUGCUUUGCUCCACAAUGUAAGCAACUUCGCGCAGGAGGCAGUAAGGAGUCCAGCCAUGGAGGAGUUUAAAGCCAAUCCCACUAAAGAUAGCAUGAUGGACUAUCUGUUCAACUCCAUCCUCAUGAGAUGCAGAACGGUCGAACGCAGGACAUCACUGUAUGACCGCAGCCGUCUCGCAGAUUGGGACGCUCUCCCACAGCCAACCAGCCGUACAAACUCCCGCACGCGAAGGGCAGUAUCAUUGCCCGGCCCUGAAGAGGACGAGCCUGAACCACCCACCAGACCAAGCCGCCCUAGACUUGGUCAGCGUCCGCCUUCCGCUACGCGGUCUUGGCUGGAUGGUGGCCAACGCCGAACCCUCCCCGUCCAGGAGCAGGCGGAAGUGGACGAUGAUGAGGACGACGAGCCCGCCCCAAGUUUAUAUCGAAGAAGAACUUCGAUGCCCAGAUCGUCCUUUACCAGCAGGGGCUUGCAGUGGCAACCAUCGACCUUGAGCCGGCGGGAUUCUGCUGUUGACCUGGACGACCACCAGCAGACGGAGGACAAGGUAGAAGACGUGGUGAGACCUCCAAGGAAGAGAGCAAAACGGGGGCCGACUGCCACAGUCACUACAGUGGAGGCAGUGGUCUCACGGGCUGCAGAGGAAGACAUGACCGGCACACGCCACAAGAAGAAACACAAGAAACGCCACCGUCAGGAACGACUGGAAGAGGAGGCAGAAGAAGUGGUGCAGGCAAGCCCACCGAAAAAACCAAAAAAGAAAAAAAACAAAGAGAAAGAGAAGUACACGGGGGCCUGCCUCGCUGAUUUGGCGAAAGACCAGGACCGACUGUCUAAGAAGUUGAAGAAGAGCAAAGUGGCACAUUCUUGAGCAUUAAGUUUUCUGCACAUUGAAUGAACAUUUCUAGAAGUUAAACAUUUUUGAAUGAUUUUGCAAGACUAUCAGAUAGGGAAGCAACCCGUUUGACGUUUCAGUUGGGCACUUGGCCUCCAUUGUUGUACUAGGGCAGACCCAAUAAAAGUUACGUGUGUUUGACAGGGCCAGAAUUAAAAGCCAGAAAAAAAACAACAGAAGGGAAAAGGAAGGAAGUUGAUAUCUUCAAACACUCAUGGCUCACUGACAGAAAAACUUUAUUCUGUGACAAAACAGGUAAAUAUAAAUGAAACAUACUCUAUGUUAUUAUGUUUUGUCAAUAUUUAAACAUUUUAUGAUGAAAAUGUUUACUAUAAUAAGUUCAGUUUUGCUUUUUACAAUGACCACAAUGCCUCUUUUUGGUUUCAAUUUUAGGCAUGUGGUGGUUGGUAUACUGUGCAUGGGAAGGGAUGUUCUGCCUUCUGUCCCGUGUUCAUAACACCAAAAACAAGUACAACAAACAGAACACUUUCAACUCAGCACCAUCCACCAUCUAC